AAACAAGUCGGUCGGGCCCGAGAAGGACGAGCAGGGGCUGCGGCACCGGAUCCGAUCCGUGCCAAGGGAGAGUAAGAUCAAGCAGCCGUCACCGGACCCGCACCGGCUGCACCAGCCCGGACCGGACAGCUCACCCCCUGAGCAGUGCCAGGUGUCAACAAGGACAAGAGCCGACUUGCAUUACCUAAAGAGAAAUAAGAAACAUGGCUCCGACACUGGCUACGGCGCAUCGGCGCAGGUGGUGGAUGGCAGUCACGGCUGUGGUGGAGAACCUUUUCUUUUCUGCGGUGCUUCUGGGCUGGGGGUCCCUGCUCAUCAUGCUGAAGUCAGAAGGCUUCUACUCUUACAUGUGUCACUAUCCAGACAACAUAACAUCAAGCAACUCCACCAACAGCAGCUACCUGUUCGGGAACGAGACCGAGAGAGAAUAUAUCAUCGAGCUGAAUGGUUGGCUGGUGUGUAAAGAUCAAGAUGAGAUGUUAAAUUUGGCCUUUACAGUGGGAUCCUUCCUGCUCAGUGCCAUCUCCCUGCCCCUGGGUAUAAUCAUGGACAAGUAUGGGCCUCGCAAGCUAAGGCUAAGUGGAAGCGCCAGUUUUGGUGUUUCUUGUCUGUUGAUUGCAUAUGGAGCAAGUAAUCCCAACUCUCUGUCUGUGCUGAUCUUCGUAGCCUUGUGUCUGAACGGCUUCGGUGGGAUGUGCAUGACUUUCACUUCUCUUACACUGCCCAAUAUGUUUGGUGACCUACGCUCAACGUUUAUUGCACUGAUGAUCGGGUCUUAUGCUUCAUCAGCUGUCACAUUCCCCUUAAUCAAGGUUAUUUAUGAUCUGGGAGUGAGUUUUAUCACUAUCCUGAUUGUAUGGGCAGCUUGUGCUGGUCUCGUCUUUUUCAACUGCUUCUUCAACUGGCCCCUCGAGCCGUUCCCCGGUCCAGAGGACAUGGAUUACACUGUGAAAAUAAAGUUCAGCUGGCUGGGCUUUGACCACAAGAUCACAGGAAAGCAGUUCUACAAACAAGUGACCACAGUGGGGCGACGGCUCAGUGUAGGAAGCUCCAUGAAAAACCCCAAAGAGCUGGCAGCACUACAGGAAGGGAAUAAGCUGUGCCUGUCUACAGUAGAUCUGGAGGUGAAAUGCCAAGCCGACAAUGCAGCUACUCCAUCCUUCAUGAAAAGCGUGUUCAGCCCCAUCUUACUCCUCAGCCUUAUUACCAUGUGCGUCACCCAGCUCCGUCUCAUCUUCUACAUGGGAGCCAUGAACAACAUUCUGGAAUUCCUGGUGGAUGGGAACAUGGAGACUGUCAGCCUCUACACAUCCAUCUUUGGAGUAUUACAGCUGCUGUGCCUCAUGACAGCCCCUGUGAUUGGAUACAUCAUGGACUGGAGGCUAAAGGACUGUGAUGAUGGCAGUGACGACGGAGAUGAAAAAGACACAGAUCAAGGUGGAAAGAUAAAGAGGAAACCAGAUCGUCAGAUUCAGAAGAUCACAAAUGCUACAAGGGCCUUUGCGUUUACCAAUUUGUUAUUGGUAGGAUUUGGAGUCACAUGUCUCAUCAAUAACCUGCCAUUACAGAUCCUUUCUUUUAUUUUGCACACGAUAGUGAGAGGGUUCAUCCAUUCUGCAGUGGGAGGACUCUAUGCUGCAGUAUAUCCUUCAACGCAUUUUGGUAGUUUGACAGGACUGCAGUCUCUCAUUAGCGCUCUCUUUGCACUCCUUCAGCAGCCGCUCUUCUUGGCUAUGAUGGGACCCUUGAAUGGAGAUCCACUUUGGGUCAAUGUGGGAUUACUGGGAGUGAGCAUGUUCGGGUUCUGCCUCCCACUCUACCUCAUCUUCUUUAGGCGGAGUCUGGAACGGCAGAGGAAACAGAAGAUUGAAGACUCCAAGCUGUACCUGAAAAUAAAUGGCACUCCUGACCAUGAAGCUUUUGUCUAAAUGCUAUGAAGCAGAUGCUAGGCCUGUUUCCUCACCAUGUUCCUUCCGUACAAUCUCUGGGAAGGUAUCUCUCCAGCUUACCAAGUCACCAUCUUAGAACUUAUUUAAAUUUUCAGCGUCCCACCUGUGAACCAACCUUCUCUCAAAUGUGAUUGGAUGGAGGCUGAAUCUCUUAGUCAUAGAAAUCCACUAAUUCCUUUUACAAUAAAAUCCAAAGUAAACUUGUGUUGUGGGGAAUAAGGUGAACUUUUGUUAAUGUCAGUGAUUGGACUGGAGAUUCUUCCUCCUCUGAUAAAGGGACGCAUGUUUCCGGCAGUAACUCAUGGUGACGUGAGGUGUGCUGCGCUAACCUGCCGUAAAGCUGGAGGUUCUCCCCGGCUGUCUGGAUUCAUUUAUUUCCGUGUGCCCAGCAGAGAAAUAGCAGGAUUUACAAUUGCACACACCAUUAUGAUGAUCCAGCUAGCACAAUCGCCACUUCUUAUAAGAUCUCUUGUGCCAGUAGCUCCUUGGCUCCUCUUGGAAGGAGUAUUCUUGAAAUGAUCUAGUAAAAGAUGUAUCUCACCAACGCCAAACAGGGCAGCAGAGACCAUGAGCACAGAUCACCCAUUGGCCAGUUGUCACUGUGCCAGGUGAGGUGCUAGGUUGUAACCUGCUGCACGUUGCCCCUGGCACUCGGUGCUAUACAAUGGAGCAUGUGCACGCAUUCAUUGAACUCUCGCUCUCUCUGCACUAAUGGAAUUUGCUGCUCCACAUAUAGUUAUAGUAGAGAAAAUCAGACAUAUCAGUUUAAAAGGGAUGCCGCAUCCAUCCUAUAUCUUGAUAUAGGUUAUAAGAAUGAAACUCUGUUGUGAUGCAUAUACAAUUAUUGUGCCAUAAUGUCCUUAGACCUGGCUGAUUCUUACCUUGUAAGCCUUGGUGGGAUGUGUGGCUGCUGCACGUUAUCUCCCAGGGUGCUCAGCCACGGGGAUAGCGCCUGUGACAACGCCACAGAUUUCUAGGCUGUGUUCUAAGCAAUACCUGUGUCUGUUGACAUUUUUUCUUUCUUUUUUGUAGAAAUGACUUGUAUUAAUAUGCCGUUUUAUGUUCCCUGCAUGAUAUGAUUCAGUAUUUUUUUUUUAUAUUUGGACAUAUAUUGUUUGUGAACUGCUUUCUGUUUGAGGGAGCUGGAGAAACUCCUUAAUCCAUAUUUGGGCAUUUUGAUGACCAAUGGCGUCCGGUAAAACAGAACGUCAGUGUCUGUAUUCCAUGCAUUAAUUAGUGGUCUUCAUCUAUCAUUGUCUCCACCCCCUUCACCUGAUUGUAGUUUACUUCGCUUUGGUUUUCUUCAUUCAGGUGUUAUCAGCUCCCAUUAUAUUUGUUAAUUUUUUUGGUCUUCUGGGUCUGUGGUAUUUGUCAGUUUUUCUGACUCGGCAAAUGGUCCCUUUAUAUAAAUAUAAUGGAGACAUCUGUGAAAACCGUUGUACAUAUAACUAUAUAGAAACUAUUGUGUUGUCUGUAUUUACUGCUGAAACACUGUCUGAAUCACUUCUUCUACAUAGUUACCUGCAGAACAGUUUUCAUACAUGUCCCAUUAUGUGUUUAGGGAUUAACCUUUCUCACACCAGCAGAGCCCACUGGGUACCUGGUAGGUUGUCUUGAUAUACCAACCAUGCGAUUAAUGAGCAGAUUAAGAGUUGGUAUUCAUUCCCUUAACCAGUUCCAUCCACGACCUGUUGCGCAACCUUUCAGUAUAGUGUUAGUAUUUCAUUUUUGUCGUAAAAAUGAAGUCAUGUGAGUUAUGGUCUGAUUCAGAGGUCACACCAUCGCACAUUAGGUAGCCUUAUGGAUGCUCAGAAUGUCCGUCUGGACAUGGUCACAGGUGCCAGUGCUACUGUGUAUAUCAUGGGUCUUCAACCUGCAGCCCUCCAGCUGCUGUGGAACUACACAUCCCAGCAUGCCCAGCCUCAGUUUUAGCAUACCUUAAUAGCAAAAUUGUGGCAGGGCAUGCUGGGACGUGUAGUUUCACAGCAGCUGGAGGGCCACAGUCAGCGACACACCUACAUCUGGUUACCCACCCAUGUUACCACCCAGAAACGCUGUUUGAAAUACCAGUUCUCUGUGUCCAAAAAUUGCACCGGGUCCCCUGUCGCCAAUCAUCUAGACGCAUGCGCAGUACAAAAAAACAGCUACGCAAACAUCAGCAUAGCAUCCACCUCUGAACCACGACCUUAAUAUUCAAAAGGAAAUGACUUUGCAGUGUCUUCUAGGAAUCACAAACAUUGUUCCACUGAUUGGCCAUAGAUGAAAAUGUUUUCACUCUAGGUGAUAGAAGCAGUAUUUCAUGAACACUCCAAAUUACUAUGAUCAGCUUGUGAAAGAACAUUAACCUUCACUUGUCGCCUACACACAUAGAGGUAGCCAUGUUGCGCUGGGAACCAAUAUCAGUGGGAAUGUAGUCUAUGAAUUCACUAGAGACACAACUGAUGCAUGAGACACUGUGCACCUCACACCUCAGUGAUGUCACUAGUUUAUAGGGAAAUCAUUAGCUGAAUAUUGGUACGAUGCUCACAAAUGGCUACCUACAAUAUUUGUAGGGGACUUGAGCAGUUUAACAUCCUUCUCCUUUUGUGUGUGUGCUAGCGGUGUCGGCAUUCUGUUUGUACAACAGUUACAAAGAACCUAGUGACCUUUUCUUUGUAGUGGUAAUACAGGGAAGCACCAGUAUUUGUUCCCAAAUUCCUACAAGCAGAGUGGUUAUGUGACUGCACGGGGGAAAUAGAGCACAAAAGCAAUACAGCAAUUAUUUCCCCCUGUGCCUAACACAUGUAACACUGAGCUGGUCUUCAGGAGAAGAGACCUAGAAAAUCCACGUCAUGUGGAACGCCGAAGGCCAGCACCGCGCAACCUUGAGCAAACCACUGUAUCUCUCAGUGCCUCAGGUGCAAAAAAGAUUGUACUCUCUAUAAUAGGUAUUUAUUGUACCUGUACCUUCUACAUACAGUGCUUGUUGUUACUAUUAAAAUAUAAAAAUAAAUAAAAAAUAAACCCUUUUUAUAUCCAA